AACAGUUACACCAAUUGAAAGCGUUCAUAGCAAAACUGCUCUGAAGUGUGCAAAAGCAUGCUUGGAUUUAGGUCUGAAAUGCGUUUCUUUUGAUUACAACUUUAAUACCUUAACAUGUGAUUUGCAUAAGUACCUGGAAGGAACAAUGGCUAAACUGGUUGUCAGUGGGGCCUACCACAAUUUUGAAAGGAUUGGCAUGGGUCAUUCCUCAUAUUUAGUAUUUGACAAACUAAAUCUGCAACACGGUGAAGUGUACUACAUAAACACGAGAAUAAGAAACAAAGUUGGAUACACCUCGAUUAUAUCAUCCAAGGGAACGCUGGUUGACUUCACUCCACCAGAACCAGGUCCUAUAGGCAACUCUUCCGUCGAUAUUGUAAAACCAGAUGGUUGCUCGGCAGCUGUAACUCAACGAUGUAUUGACGUGACUUGGCAUCCAAAUCAUAGGUUGAUUAUAGAUGGCGAAGGAUCUAACACCGUUUUCAAUGGACACCAUGCUGUCAGGGACACGAAGUAUACCCUUGCCAACCAUUACUUGUCAGCUAAUUGGGAUGGCUUCCACGACAAUGAAACUGGCAUCUGGGGUUACACGUGGGCAGCUGGUUCAACUGUAUGUGGAACAGAUGUCCAGCCGUAUGAUGACCCACACUCACACCUCUCAGGAAAGUCAUUUUGGACGCACAACGGUUUGGCAAAACACCUACAUCUUCCCGAUGGCUCGUACUACGUGACUGUUCAAGCACUGAAUAGUGUCCACCAUGGGGGAUCUCUAGUGACCACCGUGUGUCAUAGCACACCUAUUAUAAUCGAUACGACAAAGCCAAUUUUCAGUGGGAUUAAUGACAUUGUAUACGACGAAGACUUCGACAUUUUGGCAGUGUACUAUAAUGUGUCUGAUUCUCUUUCUGGCAUCAUGAGGGUAGACUUGGCCUUGGGUAAAACCAAGUAUGAUGCUAAGAUUCGACCCUUUUCCAGGCAUGAUCAUAUAGAAAGAAAACAUGCAUAUCUUUUAUUGGAAGAUCCAGGGAUCCCAGAUGGAAUACCCGCGUGGAUUCGGGUGCGGGCAAUUAAUAAUGUUGAGUUAUUUACAACUGGUCACAGUGAUGAACCAAUUAUGAUCGAUCGUUCUGAGCCCAUUGCCGGAGAUCUGUUUGACGGUAAAAAUCUACAUGUUGACAUUGAUUACCAGGCUAAUAACAACAGCAUUUGCGUCCAUUGGAAAGGAUUUUACGACCCGGAGUCGGGGAUAGACAGAUAUACUGUACAAGUUGGUAGUGCACCAGGAACAGACGAUGUGGUCAAACCACUUAGAGUUAGCCAUUCUGUCAAAGAGACUUGUAUGCCAGCCAAUCUUACCCACAACUCUACUUAUUACACUACCCUUACAGCAUUAAACCAUGGCCUAAACCCAAAGUCUAUAAACAGAACGUCAGACGGGAUACUUAUCGACUUGACAACCCCAGUAGCAGGAUGGGCCGUUGACGGUCUAAAUCUUAAUCAAAAUAUCGACUUCUCAGCAGAGACUGCAACCGUAUCCAGUGCAUGGGAUGGGUUUUACGAUCCAGAGAGCGGCAUAGACCACUACGAAGUUAUAGUUAUUGUAAACAAUGAAGAAGNUUUUUUUUUUAUUUUUUUUAUGAUUUUUUAA